AGGAAAUCAGAUGAGAAGAGCAGAAGAGAGGAAACCAAAGAGAAAGAAAUACAGACACCAGGAACGAUCAGAAAAAGGAGGCUGCCACAGACAGUGAAUCUGGGGAGUCAUCAGAAGAUAGUGAAAGUGUUCAGAAAAAAAUGGAUUAUUCAUUUAAGAAAGAAGUUGAAGAGGGACCUUCAAAACAUCUGCAGCAGGAAGCAGAAGUGAAAACACACAACUUCCAGUAUUGUUUUAAUAGAUUAAAGAUAUUUUCAGUGUCAUGUAAAACAUCCAUGACUGUGCUUGAGGCUCUUAAUACAAGCCAAAUGUUCAGGAAUGAAAAAGACAAAAAGAAAAACAAGCAGAAAGAAAUACUCGUCCAAAGGUGUAAAGAAGGCGUUCCUACAGCAGCUGUAAAGACUGAUUUUCCCUGCUGUCUUAUUGAAACUGAUGAGAUCUUAUAUAUAGACUUCAUCCAAAAGGAUGAAAAUAGUUGUACAAAUCGAACAACUGCAGAUCCUUCACUCAGGAAAACAAGUAUGCCUGAAACGUUAGUCACCUUCCGGGUUAAAAAAGAAGGAGGACAGAAAGUGCGACUCUUACUGAAAAGCAAAGCCCUGAGAAGAAGAGUACAAUAUGUCUGUGUAUAUGCAUUCAAAGGAGAGAAAAUCAAAACUGCUCUUAAACAUGAUGGACGAUUCAUAAAUGACAUUUUCAGGAAACACUGUGCGUUAAGUGAUGAGUUAAAGCAUGAAUGGUCAAAUCCUGUAGACAAUCUUGACGGAAAGGCUUUCCAGUUAGUUGUUCUCAGUGAUAAGAAUCAGCCAGACAGUCAAGAUGAUUUGACUCCUGUCACGACUGAACCUAACGUAGCUUCAGAUGCUGAUGUGGCAGAAACUGCCAGCUCAAGUCAGAAUCCCAUCAACACCAGUGAGCAAGAAAAAAAACAUGAUGGAAACACAAAGUCCACAAAUCCUUCAAUUAAAUGGUAUGCCACUAAACCUAUUGCAGAUUCUAAAGAGAUUCUGGGAAUUCUGCGCGAUCAGUUUCCAGUUUUACUGAAGCAAUUAAAGCAGCGAGAGAAACUGAAGAACAAAUCUGAUGUCCAGAAGUUCUUCAGAGCAGAAUAUGGUAAGAGUGUUGAGAAUUUCUUGAAGGUGAAGAAAGUGAAGCAGCUCAUGAAGCUCUCCGACUCUGUGUGUCAGAUUCGUAAGGGGGAGUCUGCUUUAGGAACUGGUUUCUUGCUCUUUGACAGAUACAUCCUCACUAACGCUCAUGUUAUCGGAGAACCUACUGAUGGUUGA